AUGGCACGGGCAGCGGGCUCGCGGGGCCGGCUCGGGCGGUGCGGGCUGCGCGGGCGGUGCGGGCGGUGCGGGCGGGGCGCGCUGCUGGCCUGCGCCGCGUGGACCGCGGGCUGGGUGCUGGCGGCCGCGCUUCUGCUCCGCGCGCACCCGGGCGUCCUCUCCGAGCGCUGCACCGACGAGAAGAGCCGGCGCAUCCUGGCCGCGCUGUGCCGGGACUACCGCGGCGGCGCGCUGGUGGGGGACCUCUGUGAGGACCUGUGCGUGGCGGGGAAGCUGCUGUACCGGCGCUGCCUGUACUUCGAGCGGGGCAAGAAGGUGCUGCAGGCCGACUGGCGCGGCCAGCCCGUGGUCCUCAAGUCCGAGGAGGAGGCCUUCUCCAGCUUCCCGCCACUCGGCCUCCUAGACGGCCAGCCCGACGACGGCGGCCAGGACUUCCCGGAGGCCGAGCUGCUCCUGCUGGCGGCUGGCGAGGUCAGGAGCGCGCUGGGCCUGGAGCUGGCCAACGGCAGCCUGGCGCCGCUGGGGCUGGGGCGGCGGGGACCCCGGCGGCGGGGCCAGCUGGCCAGCCUGUGGGCGCUGCUCCAGCAGGAGGAGUUCGUCCUGCUCAGCCUGCUGCGGGGCCUCAGCCCGCACACGCCGCCCGUGCUGGGCUCCUGCGGCCACUUCUACGCCGUGGAGCACCUGGCGGCCGGCAGCCCCCACCACUGGGCCCUCUUCCCCCUGGACGGGGCGCCCCGCGGGGACCACAGCCGGGCCCGCGCGGUCAGCGGGAUGGCGCUCAGCUUCCUGGACAUGGUCGCCCACUUCGACCACGACUUCUCCCACCGCCUGCACCUCUGUGACAUCAAACCUGAAAACUUUGCCAUCAGGAGCGACUUCACGGCAGUGGCUAUUGAUGUGGACAUGGCCUUUUUUGAACCUAAAAUGAGGGAAAUUCUCGAACAGAAUUGCACAGGAGAUGAAGACUGCAAUUUCUUUGACUGUUUUUCAAAGUGUGACCUCCGAGUCCACAGGUGUGGAGCCCAGAGAGCCAACAGCAACUUGCAGGUCAUCUGUGACAAGAUCUUCCGCCACUGGUUCUCCUCGCCUCUCAGGAGCCCCGGCGUCUCCCUCCCGCUUGGGCGGCAGCUGCGGGCUGCGGUGCAGGAGUGCGCGGCCCCGGGGGACCCCCAGGGACGCGCGCCCCGCGGCGUGUUCUCGAAGCUUCGGCGCCUCCUCCAGGCCGCGCUGCGGGAGCUGCAGGAGAAGGACAAAUAGCCACUCUGGCCCCUAAGGUGCUCACCCCGGAGACGCCAGCUCCUGGUGAGAGGAGCCGUGCCCACCGUGCAGGAAGGGCCUCUGAGAGGCUGUGCGGGUGGAGCGCAGGUCGCCCGGCGCCAACCGUCACCCCCGGGACAGAGACACGGGGCAGGGCGUCCGCAGGCUGCUUUGGGUCGCAGGGCCUGGGCCGUUCGGCACCGCCCUGCGCAGCCGCAGUGCGUGCGGGGAGGGAGCACGCGGGCCCCCGCCGAUUCCUGCGAGUCUUACCGCAUUAAAAAGUGCAUGUGUGCGUGUGCACGAAUGUGAGUGUGCACACUACCGCGAGAGUUGUCCGGGGUGGCCGUGCGUGCCGACGUGAGCACGUGCGUGAGCAGGUGGGUGUGGGGGGAUCGCUUCCGGGCGGGCCGAGGGGCUUUCCCCACUGGGGCCGCGUGCCUAUCCGGCCAAGACGAGGCUCUUUCUUUGGAGUCGAAUACAAUAAAAUCCCCACAGGUCUCCACGGAGGCCUCGGUGCGUGGACGCUCCCAGAAGCGCUCUCCGGCAGGUCCGCUUGCUCCGAUGCCCGCGGGGGAGCAGAGUGGUUUGCGCUGUACUUCCCAAGCAGGCGUCAGGACAGAUGGUCAGUUCUGAUUAUCAAAAUGUAUUAACAUGACAAGUACACAAACCAACAUUUACACAGUCGAUUUAUGGAAAGGCACACACUUACUGGAAAUUACAGCUGCUUUGGCAAAUGCAAGCUGACCGGUCAGCACAUUUCUGGAUAACAAGGAAACAGCGCGUUAGAGUACUUUCUGGAGAAAAGCAUUUUGAGAGACAACCGCUCUUCAUUGUUAUGUGGUUCCAAGCAGCUUGUCAUCUGGAGAGGUUUUCA